GGAAAAAGAGAAGAAGAGAAGCUGAAGUUGAAGAGAGAGCAAGCGGAGAGGGUUUACAAUUUUCCCUUUCGUCUCCAAGACUUGCUCUCCGCCAUCGGCGAAAACACCAGAUUCUCCGCCAUCGCCAUGAGUGCUCUACAGUACCUCGAAUCUCAGCGCAACGCGCAACCUGAGCUCGCCGAGUGGUACAAUUCCCUCGCGGAUCUGUACCAGAAGAAGCUCUGGCAUCAGCUCACUCUCAAGCUCGAGCAAUUCGUUGCUCUCGCCGUCUUCCAGGCUGGUGAUGCUCUCAUACAGCUAUAUCACAACUUCAUCACCGAUUUUGAGACGAAGAUCAAUCUCCUUAAGCUUGCCCACUUCGCAGUCGUAGUUUCUCGGCAGUAUCAGGAGAAAGAGGCUGCCAUUGGGUAUCUUGAUGGCGUGAUUGAAAAGCUCCAGGCUACUAGGGAGCAACGUAUAGAGGAACCGAUACUUUAUAUCAAGAUGCAGGUAGCCAUAUUCAAGCUUGAGCAAGGCGAUCAGAAAGAGUGCAAGAAGCUUCUAGAAGAUGGGAAGAGUACACUGGACAGCAUGACUGACAUCGAUCCCUCUGUGUAUGCCAGUUAUUAUUGGGUUUCAUCUCAGUUCCAUAAAUACCGCCAAGACUUUGCUGAUUUCUACAGAAGUGCACUUCUGUAUUUGGCGUACACAUCAGUGGAGUCCCUCUCAGAUUCAUUCAAGCUGGAUUUGGCAUUUGAUCUGUCUCUUUCGGCGCUUCUGGGAGAUAAUAUCUACAACUUUGGAGAGCUGCUUGCACAUCCUAUUAUAAAGAGUCUGCUAGGCACACAAGUGGAGUGGCUCUACUAUAUUCUCCAAGCAUUUAAUGCUGGUGAUUUAGUUCGGUAUCAAGAACUAUGGCAUGUGCAUGAAUCUGCCCUCAAAUCUCAACCAGCGUUAGUUGAAAACAAGAACAAGCUACUGGAAAAGAUCAACAUUCUGUGCCUUAUGGAAAUUAUCUUUAGCCGUCCGUCUGAAGAUCGAACCAUUCCAUUGAAGGUCAUUGCUGGGCGCACAAACCUCUCAAUAGAAGAGGUGGAACAUCUUCUGAUGAAGAGCCUCUCUGUCCAUCUGAUCGAGGGUAUAAUUGACCAAGUGGAAGGGACAGUAUACGUGUCAUGGGUGCAGCCGCGAGUUCUGGGGAUUCCACAAAUCACGUCGUUGAGAGAUCGGCUGGACGGCUGGUUGGGUAAAGUGCACACAGCGUUGUUGUCCAUCGAAGCUGAAACGCCUGAUCUGGGGCCCUGCAAAAGGCGGGCGACACUCCUCGUCACUCUGCUCCUUUUCUGCGCCGAUCAACUGUUUUCCUCUUCACAACGAAUCCGGAGGCCGCGACUGCUGAUUCCGGGGGAAAUUAAGAUUAGGCUGAAGAAGAUGGCAGUAGUUGCUUCUGCUCCCGGGAAAGUGUUGCUGACUGGCGGCUACUUGAUACUGGAGAGGCCCAAUGCCGGGAUCGUGCUGAGCACUAACGCUAGAUUCUACGCCAUUGUUAAACCUCUCUUCGAUCACCUCAGCCCUGAGAGCUGGGCCUGGGGUUGGUCUGAUGUCAAGCUGACUUCUCCCCAGCUCAAUAGGGAGAGCAUGUACAAGUUGUCUCUUAAGAAUUUUAAUCUUCAGCGAGUCUCCUCCAGGCAAGUCCUUUUGGAGUCUCUUCCUGGAUAAUAUGCUGUUGCGGCUGCAAAUGCUACCUUUGAUAGAAGUAAGAAGGAUGCCUUAGACAAGCUACUUUUGCAAGGUCUUGAUAUCACAAUUUUGGGUGGUAAUGACUUUUAUUCAUACCGAAGCCAGAUAGAAGCACAUGGUCUCCCUUUGACAUCAGAAUCACUGGCGUCACUCCCUCCUUUCAAGUCUAUCACUUUUAACGCUGAUGAGAAUGCAAGUGGUCAACAGUGUAAGCCUGAAGUUGCAAAGACAGGUAUGGGCUCAUCUGCAGCAAUGACCACUGCUGUGGUUGCUGCUCUACUCAAGUACUUUGGACUAGUCGAUCUUUCUACCUCCAGCUAUAACGAAACUGAAGAUCUUGAUCUGGUUCAUAUCAUAGCUCAAAGUGCUCACUGUAUUGCCCAAGGCAAAGUUGGCAGUGGGUUUGAUGUCAGUUCUGCAGUUUACGGUAGCCAGAGAUAUGUCCGCUUUUCACCCUCUGUGCUUUCAUCUGCCCAGGAUGCAGUGAGAGGAAUGCCAUUACAGGAAGUCAUAGUCGAUAUUCUGAGAGGAAAUUGGGACCACGAGAGGACUAAGUUCUCUUUGCCUCCGUUGAUGACCUUGUUACUUGGGGAACCAGGAGUUGGAGGAUCAUCCACACCAUCAAUGGUAGGUGCAGUAAAAAAGUGGCAGAAAGCUGAUCCACAGAAGUCUCAAGAAACAUGGAGGAUAUUGUCAGCAGCAAAUUCAGCGCUGGAAACACAACUUAAAGCUUUAAGCCAACUUGCAGAAGAGCAUUGGAUUUCAUAUAAAUCGGUGAUAGACAGCUGCAGCACAACAAAGACUGACAAGUGGGUGGAGCAAGCUGCUGACCACAACCAAGAAGCUGUUGCUAAAGCAUUACUGGGGGCAAGAGAGGCAAUGCUCGAGAUCAGAAGGCAUAUGCGCCAGAUGGGAGAAGCUGCCGGUGUUCCAAUAGAGCCAGAAUCGCAGAACAAAUUGUUGGAUGUUACGAUGAACAUGGAAGGAGUUUUGCUGGCCGGGGUCCCCGGUGCAGGUGGGUUUGAUGCAGUAUUCGCUGUGACGUUGGGGAACUCUAGCAGCAGCAAUCUUGCAGCAACCUGGAGCUCGCUCGAUGUUCUAGCAUUGCUAGUACGAGAAGACCCGUGUGGUGUUCGCCUAGAACGUGGUGAUCCGAGAAGCAGUGAGAUCACAUCAGGUGUUUCUGCAAUGAGCAUCCAGUAGGGGGUAUCUCCAGAUUUGUUGUAGUGAAAUGUAUUCUAUUGUUGGAAUGAGAGAACUGAGCGAGAGAUUGUGCAAUACGAGGUUUAGUUUAGGUUGUUUAUGGCUUAAACUGGAAGAUGCAAAGACCCUUUUGGUCUGAAUAAUGUGGUAGUUUGGUUUGAUAGGAGGAAGAGAAUAAUUAAUGGAAGGAGUGGGGAGUUAAAAGACUUAAUUUGUUCUUUACAUUCGAAUUCGAUA